ACUAGUGGCCCCGGGGCCGCACUUUGAACUCCCCUGAUUAAUACUAAAUAUUGAGCUACAUCAUGUGUAAAUAUUUCCCAUCAGGACUUGCUCUGACUGACUUAUGACUCUUUAUAAGUUAAUGUAGUUUCAUUUAACAUUUUAUUAUCUUAUUUCAAAUUAUUAUAUGAUAUCAAUCAAUCAGCUUUAUCAAUACUCUGAGGUAGAUUUGGUUUCAGUGACUCAGCUUUGUUGCUAAACUGGAAACUUCACAUAGAAUAAAAUAUUAAAAUAUUUGAAUUUUAUUAUUACUUCUAGUUCAAUUAAAUGCUUUUAAUAUUUUAAGAUCAGCUUUUAUUUCACAUUUUCUGUUUUUAACCUAGUUAAAUAUUUCAAGAUAAUUUAUUUAACUGGUGUAUUUUAAUGCUACAAUCAGUUGCAAAGAAAUAUUUUGAAUAAUUUUCCUGCUGACUCAUCACUUUGCUGCUCCGUCCUCUCUGACUCCGCCCCCUCCCCCUGAUUGGCUCCUCCUCUUCCUGCUUUCCUCCAUCCUCGGUCGUCUUCCUCCAUCCUGUGUGGAGAGAAUCAGAGGACGAAGGAGGAGGAACAGGAGGAGGAAGAAGAGGAGGAAGAGGAGGAGUGUUUGGUUUGUCUGGAGCGCCGUCAGGCUGCAGCUGCUGGGCCAGACGGAGCGGUCGGAGCGGACGGAGCCGGCAUGCUGAGGAAGCUGGUCUGCAGGAGGAUCUGCUCCUAUAAAACCUUUGAGGACGAUGAGUCGGUGGACGGCGGACGUUCCUCGUCCAAAGCAGCCUCUGUGUCUGGGAGGAAGGCGGUGAGCAUGGGCUCGUUCCGGCGGCCGUCCUCGGCCUCCAGCAGCAAGUCUGCAGGGCGGGACGGAUCGAGUGCAGGAGCUGUGGAUGAGGAGGAUUUCAUCCAGGCCUUUGAGGACGUUCCCACAGUUCAGAUCUACUCCAACCGGGAGGUGGAGGAGGCCAUGACCAAGAUCCGGGACGUGCUGUCGGACGACAAGAAGGACUGGGAGCUGAGAGUGGCCGCCCUGAAGAAGCUCCGCUCGCUGCUGCUGGCCGGAGCGCCGGAGUUCGACUGCUUCCUGCAGCAGCUGCGGCUCCUGGAGGCGUCCUUCAAGCUGUCCGCCAAAGACCUGCGGUCUCAGGUGGUCCGGGAGGCCUGCAUCACGCUGGGCCACCUGUCGGCGGUGCUGGGCAGCCGUUUCGACCACGCCGCCGAGGCCAUCAUGCCGGCCCUCCUCAACCUGGUGCCCAACAGCGCCAAAGUCAUGGCCACGUCGGGUGUGGCCGCCAUGCGCCUCAUCCUCAGACACACACACUGUCCUCGCCUCGUCCCCAUCAUCAGCAGCAGCUGCUCCUCCAAGUCUGUGGCUGUCAGAAGACGCUGCUUUGAGUUUGUGGACCUGAUGCUGCAGGAGUGGCAGACCAGCAGCCUGGACAGACAUAGCGCGUUGCUGAUGGAGACGAUAAAGAAGGGGAUCCAUGAUGCUGAUGCUGAAGCUCGAUCUGUGGCCAGGAAGUGCUACUGGAGCUACCAGGGUCACUUCAGCCGGGAGGCGGAGCUUCUGUUCCAGGGCCUGGAGUCGGCCUAUCAGAGAGCUCUGCAGGCCCACCUGCGGAGCGGAGACGCCCUGGUGUCGCUGCCGGCCUCCGACCGAUCCUCGUCCUCGUCCCAGGAGAGCCUGAAUCGGCCGCUGGCGAUGAAGAGCUCAGCAGGAAGCAGCAGCAGCAGAGGUCAACAUCAAGGUCAACAUCAAGGUCAACAUCAAGCCAGCGCCCCCUGCAGGCCUGGAGCCGCCUCGUCUCCAGGCGCUCUGCAGCGAUCCCGCAGCGACGUCGACGUCAACGCCAGCGCCAGCGCCCGCAGCAGGAUGCCCGCUGUCAGCGCCGCCGCCGCCGCUCUUCCUCCUGGAUCCUACGCUUCGCUCGGGCGAGUCCGGACCAGGAGGACGAGCGCCGGAACCGGUCCCGCCGCGACGGCCGGCCGGAGCCGAGGGCAGGUCGUCUCUCAGUCCCAGCCCGGCAGCCGGUCCGGUUCUCCGGGCCGCCCGCUCGGCUCCACGUACGGCCGGAUCCUGAGGCCCGCCGCAGGCAGCAACGGCGCCCCCUGCAGCGCGAGCGACAAGACGCGACCCCGAGGUCACCGCAGCCAGGGCUGCAGCCGAGAGACCAGUCCGACCAGAACCUCAGCCGCCCGGAGCCGGAUCCCUCGGCCCAGCAUGAGUCAGGGCUGCAGCCGGGAAACCAGUCGCGAGAGCAGCCGCGACACCAGCCCCGCCAGGGGCUUCUCCCCACUGGCCAGCCGGCCUCAUUCCCGUUCCACCAGCGCCCUGUCCUCUGCAGAGGGCUGCUCAGACCGCCUGGCCCAUCAGGCCCGGAUCUCGGCCUCCGUCAACGCCAUGCGGGUCCUGAACACGGGCACCGAGGUGGAGGCGGCCGUGGCCGACGCUCUGCUGUUGGGAGACUCCAGGAGUAGUAAGCGGCGGCCCGUCCGGCGGCGCUUCGAGUCUCCCGGUAUCUACUCUGACGACGACGCCAACAGCGACGCCUCCAGCGCCUGCUCCGAGCGCUCCUUCAGCUCCAGGAGCGGCGGCGCCGGGCCCCACUUCCUGCGGCAGACGGAGGACGUGGCGGAGGUCCUGAACCACUGCGCCAGCUCCAACUGGUCGGAGAGGAAGGAGGGCCUGCUGGGCCUGCAGAACCUGCUGAAGGGCCAGAGGUCGCUCAGCCGUGUGGAGCUGAAGCGACUCUGUGAGAUCUUCACCAGGAUGUUUGCAGACCCGCACAGCAAGGUGUUCAGCAUGUUCCUGGAGACGCUGGUGGACUUUAUCGUCCUGCACCGGGACGACCUGCAGGACUGGCUCUUCGUCCUGCUCACCCAGCUGCUGAAGAAGAUGGGCGCCGACCUGCUGGGCUCGGUCCAGGCCAAGGUCCAGAAGGCUCUGGACGUCACCAGGGAGUCGUUCCCUCUGGAGCUGCAGUUCAACAUCCUGAUGCGGUUCAUCGUGGAUCAGACCCAGACGCCCAACCUGAAGGUCAAGGUGGCCAUCCUGCGCUACAUCCAGGCUCUGGCCCGACUCAUGGACCCGGCCCACUUCGUCAACUCCAGCGAGACGCGCCUCGCCGUCUCACGCAUCAUCACCUGGACCACCGAGCCCAAGAGCGCCGACGUCCGCAAGGCGGCCCAGGUGGUUCUGAUCGCCCUGUUUGAGCUCAACACCCCGGAGUUCACCAUGCUGCUGGGAGCGCUGCCCAAAACCUUCCAGGACGGAACCACCAAGCUGCUGCACAGCCACCUGCGGAGCGCCGGCGUCGCCACGGAGGCUCCGGGCGACUCGGCCGGCCGGACGCCUGCCCGACCCCCCGGCAGCCGCAGCAGCCCGCUGACCUCGCCCACCAACCACCUCUCCCCCAGUCGACUGUGGGGCUGGAGCGCCGACGGCCUCUCCAAAUACCCUCCUCCCUUCCCCUCCCCUCUUCCUCCCUCUGCCUCCCUCAAGGCCUUACGGCGAGCGUACUCUCCCAGCAUGCUGGAGUACGACAGUGAGAACCUGAACACCGAGGAUCUGUUCUGCUCCCUGCGCGGCGUCUCUGAGGCCAUCCAGAGCUUCAGCUUCCGCAGCCAGGAGGAGCCGGUGGAGUCUCUGCGGCGGGACGGGAAGCGGGACGCGAAGCGGGACGGAACGGCCGGCGUGGCGGCGCCGUCGAACCCAGAGCACCGGUUCUGUGGCGACGUGACGGAGGGCGGCAGGACGGCUCUGGACAACAAGACGUCCCUGCUGAACACGCCUUUGCCUCGCUCGUUUUCCGGGCUGCGCUUCAGGGAGUACAACCCCUACAACUACACGGACGGCUCGCCGGAGAAGCCCGGCCCGGAGGACGGCGCCGAGCCGCAGAGAGACGGCCGGCGGCAGGAGUGCAGAGAAAACAAGACGCUGAACGCCAAGAGCUUUCCAGCCGGGUCGGCGGAGCAGCUGGAGCUGGUGGGGGAGCUGCUGAAGGAGCUGUCCCAGGCCGGGGACCAGGAGGACAGGCGGGGGACUCUGCUGGAGCUGCUGAAGGUGGCCCGCGAGGACAGCCUGCUGGUGUGGGACGAACACUUCAAGACCCUGCUGCUGCUGCUGCUGGAGACGCUGGGGGACAAGGACCACUCGGUCCGGGCGCUGGCUCUCCGGGUUCUGAAGGAGAUCCUGCGGAACCAGCCGGCCCGGUUCAAGAACUACGCAGAGCUGACCAUCAUGAAGACGCUGGAGGCUCACAAGGACUCGCACAAAGAGGUGGUGCGUGCGGCCGAGGAGGCGGCCUGCGCCCUGGCCGGCUCCAUCCACCCGGAGCAGUGCAUCAAGGUGCUGUGCCCCAUCGUCCAGACCACCGAUUACCCCGUCAACCUGGCCGCCAUCAAGAUGCAGACCCGCGCGGUGGAGCGCGUCUGCAGGGAGCCGCUGCUGCAGCUGCUGCCGGACGUCAUCCCCGGCCUGCUGCAGGGCUACGACAACACGGAGAGCAGCGUCCGCAAGGCCAGCGUCUUCUGCCUGGUGGCCGUCUACGCCGUCAUCGGAGAGGAGCUCAAGCCCCACCUGUCCCAGCUGACCGGCAGCAAGAUGAAGCUGCUGAAUCUCUACAUCAAGAGAGCUCAGACCUCCACCAGCAACAGCAGCAGCUCCUCCGACAUCUCCUCCUACUGACCCACCUGGACCUGGACCUGGACCUUCACCUCCACCUGGACCUGGACCUCCACCUCCACCUGGACCUGGACCUCCACCUGGACCUCCACCUGGACCUGGACCUCCUC